UUAUUUUGUCACUAAUGAAAAUACGUGGAAUCGAAUUAUAAAAAUAAUUAAUUUAUAUUAUUAACAUUACUUUUUUAGGAUAAACAAUUUUGUGAUAAAUUGUGAUAGAAGAUUCCGUUGUGUUAUUAAAUUGCAAACAGUAUUAAAUUUAAUAUGGAUACUCCGACAGAACAAAACAAGAAAAUUCCCCUCGAAGAUUUGUCUAAAGAAGAGAUAAUAAAGAAGUAUCACGACUUGAUAGUGCUUCUGAAGAAGGCGAUGCAAAAUAAGGAAUUGCUGACUAAAGAGAAUAGUGCCCUUAAAGAGAAACUGGAAGGCAACGUGCCAGUCACGAACGAAUUGGUCGAAAGUUUAACUCAACAAAAAUUGGGGCUAGUUAGUGAUUUGGACGAAGCAAAAUCGCAGAAAGAUGCCAUUUUAAAUAGCUUAAAGAAAACUGAAACUGAAUUACACGAGGCACGUAACAAAAUCAACGAGUUAGACAUUGAAAAUAAGUCAUCUGAAAGGCGAAUACAAAGAUUAAGUGAGGAAAAUGAGCAGUUACUGUUACACUUAGAUUCUUUAGAAAACAAAUUAGGAGAUAAAGCAAAAAAUAUGGAAGCGCAAGUUGGGUCUUUGGAUCGAGAAAAAAGUGACCUGUCCAAUGAGCUGCGUGCGAAGCAAAUGGUGAUAAGUGAACUGCAGAAGAAUAAUGAUGAACUGACUGCCCAGUACCGAGAGUUAAAAGGUAACAUAGAAACACUCGAGAAGAAUUAUCAGAAUGCUGAAAUGAUAAUAUGCGAGUUACGGGCUACAGUCAAGCAAUCUUCACAACAACGUGAAGUCUACCUAAGCGAAACGGACGAUUUAAAUGUAGAACUGCACAAAAAUAAAGCUCUGGUAGAAAAACUGCAACAAGAUCUCAAAUCGAUGUCGUCAAAGCUGUCACAUAACCAAAUUGAGUUGAGCGGUUACGCGUCCGACCUUCAAAACACCAAUGAGAAAUUAAAAGAGAAGCUCAAACAGUUUCAUUCGAAACUGGUCAAGUUCGCUACCGAUGUUAAGCUGCUCAAACAGGAGAAAACGAACAUUUUGGAAAACUUUAAGAAUUACAUCGAGCAGGCGAAACUGUGGGAGGCCCAGUUGAAACAAUAUGCCCAAAAGAUGCUGACUGCAUUUCAAACCAUGGAGGUAGAAAACAGUGAGCUGAAAAUGAACCUGGACCGCCUAACAACGGAAAAAUCGACGGAAUUAAGCGAAUUAAAAAGCGAAUUGGACGAGACGAAAGCCUCGAAAGAUCUCCUAAACGAACAAAUUCGUCAUUUGCGCGACGAGAACGAAGCGCAACUCGCCAACGUGAAGAAGGAAAAUUUGGAACUGCUCGGCGAGAUGAACGAGAUGAAUCAAGCGUUGAAAACACGCGGUGAGGCAAUUUCCAAGCAGCAGGAGUACUGCGAAGAUUUACUUGCCAACAUCAAGCACAAGGAGACCGUAAUCAAGGAACAUUUGCAGACGAUUCAGUCGAAAGAUGACAUCAUUAGUAGUGUGGAGGGCGAGUUACGUUUGUUAAAGCAGGACACCGAGGUGCAGAUCAACGAGAAGAUCGAUAUGCGAGAGGUAUUAGACAAGAAAGAUCAAGAAAUUGGGGAACUUCAGAAGGAAGUAGCGCACCUGCAAGAAAACCUAAAUGCCGCCUUAAACUCCUCUCAAGACGUCAAUUACGCGGAGAGCGAAACGAUGUCCACCUCCACUAUAUCGAAGAGCGAAGAAUCGAAUCGCUUAAAAGACCUGGACGGGUCCUGGGAGGAGCGGUAUGGUAAGUUGAGAACGCUAGCCGUAAAAUUGAAAGGGAAGAUUCGCGAUUUAACAUUCGAAUUAAAUAAGGAGCAAAAUGAGAAGCUGGAGGUGCAACAGAAACUCACGGAGAGCGUCAAGACCUCACAUACGAUUCACUCUCAGUGCGAUAAACUUCAGGAUGAGGUGGACGAGAAUAAGAACAAGGUGAAGGACUUGUUGAAGAAAUUAGAUUCGGCCGCCCUCGAUAUCAGUAACAGUAAAAAGCAGCUGGCCGAGAACGAGGAGAUUAUUAACAAAUUGCGUCUAGAUAUCGAGACUUUAACCAAGGAAAAGGCUAACACGGACACGUGGAAGAAACAGAUAGGCACAAAGGUGCAAAGUUUGAGAAAGGAACUUGACGCAAAUAAUUUGUUGAAGAAAGACUUUGAGAAUCAAAUCCUUAAGCUAAACCAACAACUAGAAGAGAAGGAUAAAUUGCUCAAAGCAGAAAUAGAAAAACACCACACUACACGACAUUCUCUACACGAAUCAAAUAACGAAUGCAAAAAACAAACUGUACUUAACUUAGAAAUGCAAGACUACGAGCGCAGCUUAAAAGAUUUGAACCAGAAGUUGGAGAAGAAUAAGGAGCUUGUUAACAAGUAUAAGAGCCAGGUUGAUUCCCAGAAAGGCACGGUCAAUACACUAAAAGAAGAAUAUAAAAAUUUAGAAGAGCGGCUCCAGAUGGGCGAACAAGAUCUGAACGUCGCCCAACGCGAAGUCCAAGCCUACAAGAAGAGCAUCGGCGAUCUGGAAGGCACGAUCACGCAAAAAGAGAAUAAGAUACAAGGCCUAGUGGAGGCGCUCGAAGCCACCCGAUUGGAGAACGAGAACUUGGCAUCUCAACUUUCGAAGAUAAUGGCCGAAGAUCAAAAGGCUCACGACAGUCUGAAGGCGGAGCGAGAUUAUUUGCGCGGUCAAAACUUGGGGUUGGAGGAGAAGUGGCGGGAUCUCUCGGAGACGUUGAGGUUGCGCGAGAACGAAUUGUCGGAGAUGAGCAGGGAGUAUCAGGGCUACAAGGUGAGGGCGCAAAGUGUGCUGCGGCAAAACCAAACGCGCGACAUCGGCUUGGAGGAGAAACUGACCGAGGAGGUUGUCGGUUUUAAAAGCCAAAUAGGCACUUUGACGUCGGAGUUGACAGACUUGAGAAAUCAGUAUCAGAGUGUAAGCGAGGAAAGAGAAAAAGUAAAUGCUGAAAACGAAAGUUUGACAAAUCAACAAAAGGCAUUGGAAGAAGCCUUGAAAGAACGGGAGAACCAGUUUGAAGCAUUAACGGCGGAUCACCAGCGCGCGAUCGCGGAACACGCUGAAGCAAUUCGAGGUCUGAAAAUUCAUGCCGAAACCCUAGCCCAAUGUUACCGUCAGCAGCUGUCCGAGCAGGAGGUUCGCCACAAUCGCGAAGUAAUCGAGCUGCAAAGUAAACUGGAUAAAGGUAGCACACUGCCGGACGUGUCCCCAGUUACGCUCCCCAUGAUACCUCGCGAACAGGGGGAGGGGUCGGAGAACGUGGAGCCGAGCUUCGCGCACCCGAUUCCCUUAAAUCGACUGUUGAGCAGCGAAUCCGACCACGAGGUCGACUUUUUGAAGAAACAAGCCGUCGAUAACGAUGCUAAAAUCGUUCAUCUAACCGCACUUCUGGCAGACACCGAGCAGGACUUGGCGAAACACGUACAAAUGAAUAAGCUGCUUAAAGACGAAAUACGCAGACAGCAGCGCUCUGUUGAACGCGAGAAGCACGCCGAUAACUUGGAGUACCUCAAGAACGUAGUUUUUAAGUUUGCGACGUUAAGUAGUGGAGACGAACGGUCGCGUUUGGUGCCAGUUCUUAAUACCAUAUUGAAAUUCAGCCCUGAGGAAAUACACAAAUUGAAUUUAGUCGCCAGAAGUGAUUUUGGUAAUCGAGGGUGGACUAAUUAUCUACCAAUAUGGCCGAAUAAGCCGCAAUAGAAUUUAAAUGUAAUCUAUUUCUCGUUUAUAUUGUAUAUAAGUGCAAAAGAAUUUAUUACAAAUUU